AUGGAAAUGAAGAUAAAUAUGGCAAAAUUGUUGUGGCUGCUGAUGUCCUUUUCUGAUAUUGUGCUAUUCAGCUGUGAGAAAUCAAUGAGAGAAAGAGCUAUUGAGCUGAUGCAAGAUGCACGUCUGAUUGAUGGCCACAAUGACUUUGCACUGCAGCUGAGAAGACUUUACCAAAAUAGACUCAGCAGAGUCAACUUAAGAGAACUCAACACGACCCACACAAACCUUGUGAAACUUCAGGCUGGUUAUGUGGGAGCUCAGUUUUGGUCAGUGUAUGUUCUUUGCAGCGCUCAGAGCAAGGAUGCUGUGCGCCUGACCUUAGAGCAAAUUGAUGUUGUCAAGAGGAUGUGUAACAGCUAUGAAGAGCUGGAACUUGUGAUGACUUCCCAAGGCAUCUCUGACAGUAGAAGGAUUGCAUGUUUGAUUGGAAUAGAAGGUGGCCACUCCAUUGACAGCAGUUUGGCAACACUGAGGAUGUACUAUGACUUGGGUGUUCGUUACAUGACUUUAACACACUCCUGCAACACUCCUUGGUCUGAAUCAUCAUCUAAAGGAAUACACAAUUUUUACCCUAGUGUUACUGGUCUGACUGCAUUUGGCCAAGAAGUGGUAAAGGAGAUGAAUCGCCUGGGUAUGCUGAUAGAUUUAUCUCAUACCUCAUACUCCACAGUAAAAGCUGCACUCAACAUCUCAAAAGCACCAGUAAUUUUCAGCCACUCCUCAGCAUUUUCUGUUUGCAAUCACUCUAGAAAUGUUCCUGAUGAUAUCCUCCAGGAACUGAAAAAGAACAAGGGAAUUAUCAUGGUGACUUUCAAUGCAGAUGUGCUGGCCUGUGGCAGAAAAGUUGUUAAUAUUUCUACCCUUGCAGAUCAUUUUGACCACAUAAAGGAAAUUGCAGGCUCAGAAUCGAUAGGAAUUGGUGGUGACUAUGAUGGAGUGGAACGCUUUCCUGAGGGAUUGGAGGAUGUCUCUAAAUACCCUUCUUUGAUAGAGGAACUUCUUAGAAGAGGAUGGAAUGAAACUGAACUGAAAGGAGUCUUAAGGCAGAACUUUCUCCGUGUCUUCAGGGAAGUAGAAAAUGUGCGGAACACUUUUGGAAUAAUGGAUGUAGGUGAAAGCGAAAUUCUGGAAGAAGUACAAAAUUCCUGUCGCCUAGACCUACAGAAGCCUCAGCUUCAGCCAUCCAGGUCCUUUGGAUUUCCUUCUGUGGCACAACCUUUUAGUCUUGUGCUUGUAUCAUAUUUAAUGCUGUAUUACAUAUCAUAA